CGGGGGAGGAGGGACACGAAAACACGAGGGUGGCUGUCGGACCCCGUUUGAAUUCAAAUCGGAUAAUGUAAUCACGAUGCACAAUAGUGAGCCACCCGCUUAGGCUGGCGCAGGCUCAGGACGGCGGAUAUGCUCACGCACCUGCAAAGCCGAGGCUGACAAUGCGCACUACGGCACCCUUCCCGGCUUGGUUUAUGCUUGCGGCUCUGCGACCUUGUGCACCAGCGGAAGCAAACUUUAGCGGACCGUGCCCUCGCUCUUUUGCUCCGUUACGGGGGCUCCUAGACCUUUCCGCCCCUCUCUCUGCGGACCUGCAGUUUUCCCCCCCUCUUCUCCUUCCGCGAUCCUCCCGUCGAAUGGGCCAACCACCUUCAUUAACUUUGCCACUGCUGCUUGUUCCGAGCGACAUUUGCAACCGCGUUGCCUAGCGUAGCGGUAGCCACUCGAGGAACGGCUCGUCAAGCUAUGGC